CCCCGUCCCUCUUUCAAUUCCAGAUCUCUCUCUCUCUCUCACUCACACACACACACACACACACACACACACAAGCAAACGCUCUGGUCGGGGCGAGAAUGUCGGGCCGACAUGAGAAAGAGAAAGGCGUAAAUGUUCAGGUUCUGCUUUGAUGCAGGCCAUUUAGCGAGGAUGAGCUGAGGAACAAUGCGCCGCAGGUGGUGACCUGCAAUGAGUACCAGAGAGAAGUGGCAGUUACGCAGAACAUUGCUGGGAAGCACAUUGAUAGGGUUUUUACAUUUGACAAGGUUUUUGGUCCCUCAGCUCAGCAAAGGGAUCUCUAUGAACAAGCAAUUGUUCCCAUUGUCAAUGAAGUUUUAGAGGGUUUCAACUGCACCAUCUUUGCUUAUGGUCAAACUGGCACAGGAAAAACUUACACCAUGGAGGGUGAAUGUAAGAGGUCAAAGAGUGGGCCUAAUGGAGGGCUGCCUCAAGAGGCUGGUGUCAUACCUAGAGCAAUAAAGCAAAUAUUUGAUACACUGGAGAGUCAAAAUGCAGAAUACAGCGUGAAAGUCACUUUCUUAGAGUUAUAUAAUGAGGAGAUUACUGAUUUGUUAGCACCUGAGGACUUAUCUAAAGUUGCUUUAGAGGACAAGCAAAAGAAACAACUGCCACUCAUGGAAGAUGGGAAAGGUGGAGUUCUUGUGAGAGGCCUUGAAGAGGAAAUUGUGACUUCUGCUAGUGAGAUAUUCACUCUACUCGAGAGGGGAUCAGCAAAGCGCCGCACUGCAGAAACCUUGCUAAAUAAACAAUCAAGUCGGUCACAUUCGCUUUUCUCCAUAACCAUACACAUCAAGGAAGCAACCCCUGAAGGUGAAGAACUUAUAAAAUGUGGCAAGCUAAAUUUAGUUGAUUUGGCUGGAUCGGAGAACAUUUCUCGUUCUGGUGCUAGGGAGGGUCGUGCUAGAGAAGCCGGAGAAAUAAAUAAAAGUCUGCUUACUUUAGGGCGGGUGAUUAGUGCUCUUGUAGAGCAUUUGGGGCAUGUUCCCUAUAGGGAUAGCAAACUCACGCGUUUGCUCCGAGAUUCACUUGGGGGAAGAACCAAAACAUGCAUUAUUGCCACAGUGUCACCUGCUGUUCAUUGUCUUGAGGAGACCCUUAGCACACUGGAUUAUGCACAUAGGGCAAAAAAUAUAAGGAAUAAGCCUGAGGUGAAUCAAAAGAUGAUGAAGUCAACCCUUAUCAAGGAUCUUUAUGGUGAAAUUGAGCGGCUAAAGGGAGAGGUUUAUGCUGCUCGUGAAAAGAAUGGUGUCUACAUACCUAAAGAACGUUACUAUCAGGAAGAAAGUGAGAGGAAGGCAAUGGCGGAUCAGAUUGAACAGAUGGGUAGUACAAUAGAAAACCAACAAGAGAAAUUUGAGGACUUGCGGGGUAAGUAUGAUGCAGAGGUUCAACAGUGUUCUGAAUUGACCAGCAAACUGGAUGCUACUCAGAAAGACUUGAACCAAACUACUAAACUGUUGGUCAGUACUGAGGAAGAGCUAAGACAAUGCCAGUAUGCCCUAAAGGAACGAGAUUUUAUAAUAUCUGAACAGAAAAAAGCUGAACAUGCAUUGACACAUCAAGCAUGCGUUUUGCGCACUGACUUGGAGAGAGCUCUCCAAGACAAUGCUGGAUUAUUUCUUAAAAUUGCCAGAGAGGAUAAACUGAGUGCUGAUAAUAGGUCAGUGGUAAACGGCUUCCAAGCUGAGCUUGCAAACCAGCUUGGUUCUCUUUGUAACAGAGUGGCCAUGUCUAUGUCCCAGCAGAGUGAACACCUUCAAUGUGUUGAGAAAUUCUGUCAUUCGUUUCUUGAACUACAUGAUAAGGCAAUACUAGAAAUGAAGAAGAAAGUCAAUGAUUCAAGGACCUUGUACAUAUCUCACUUUGGUGCCAUGCAAAAUGUUGUGCGGUUGCAUAGUGCUAGCUCCAGUGCUGCUCUUGAUGAAAUAUCCAGUUUGGCUUCUUCAAAUGGACAGUCAAUUAAUGAAUUCUUAGCUGCUGAGGCUGUUGAAACAAAUAGCAUUUUUGAUACUCUUCAGAAAACUUUGUUGACUAACAAAGGAGAAAUGGCACAUUUUGUUCAAGAGCUUCGCCAUAGAUUUAGUGCCAGUACCGAGCACUUGAUGAAUAUCUCAAAGGACAUGCAAGGAUUUUUUGAUAAGCUUGUAGUGGAAUCAAAAACACUUGGUUUUCAUGCAAAGAGAGUUGAUGAAAUUCAAACAAAGCAAAUUUUUGAAUUUCAGAAGGAAUAUGAGGAACAAUCAAGAUCAGUGGCUGAGAAGCUUAUUGCUGAUGUGGCCUCUCUGGUUUACCAUCACAUGCAUUAUCAAAAAGAGUUGGUGGAUGAAAGGCUUGUGGAACUCAGAGAAACAGUUACCGAAAACAAGACAUUUUUGGAUGGACGUGUUACAUCAAUGGAGGGUAUUACAACAGCUGCAAAACGAAAAUGGUCAGAUUUCUUCAUGCAAGCAGGGACCAACACCAAAGACAGUGCCGACUUUUCUGCUGCAAAACAUUGUCGAAUCGAAGCAUCACUAGAAAAAUGUGUAAGCACUACCGAGACAGCUUUACAGCGGUGGCAAAGUAUGUGCGAAUCCAUAAAUGGCAUGGGCAGUCAACAUGUCUCAACAAUUCAUUCACUUGUUAGGAAUACAUGUGAUAGUAACAAGCAUCACAUGACAGAGUUUAACUCUGCAAGAGAGGCUGCUGAAGAAGACAUUAAGAGAAAUAGUGAUGAUGUUAUUCAAUUCUUUGAUGGGUUGUCAGAGCAAGAGAGGGGAUCUAUAUCAGGUAUACUGAGUACUACCAGUGCACAUUCUGGAACACUAGAAGAACUCCAGAAAGAUCACUCUAAGCAGGCAGCUUCCAUAGAGCAAAAUGCUUGUGCAACAUUCCAGCAGAGAUAUAUGGAUUAUGAGCCAACUGGAACAUCACCAGUAAGGUUUGAGCCUGAUGUUCCAAGCAAAGGCAAUAUUGAAUCACUCCGACCAAUGUCCAUGGAGAUGCUACAGGAGGAAUUCCGGGAGAACCAUUCGUAUGAGUCCUUUCAAGUUAAGGAGGAAGCAAAGGCACCACCACCAUCACUAAUCCCGCGUUCUCCUCUCUCACAGAUCAACCAGUAGGGGAAGGAUAUUCAUUUAAGGUCUUGCAUGGUACUUAACAUAUCUAACUGUAUUCUCUUGUCUUGUAUAUGAGAGGCAGUGCUGUAGCCUGUAAGCUUUCAUAAUUUUAAUGGAAUCCCUUCUUGGGAUUCCUAAAAUGCUGUAAAUUUUGGAUGGUCUGGGGGAAGAUAAAAAAAAUCCUUUCUUGAUAGUUGAGAGGCAGUUAUGUAUUUGUUAAGGAAAUGUAAUGUGACAAAUUAAUCUCUCAUAAUGUUGUGUAGUUCUAGUUGAUACUUUAUUUCCAUAGAAAAGAUUUGAAGUAGUGCUAGCUAGGAUCAUCUGUAAACUUUAGAUAUUGAACAGUGUGUGAUUGCAGGUUUAUCAUUAAAUAAACUCUACUUGCUUUGUCA